GUAUAUGAAUCAGUAUUUAUCUCUAUCUUAAAGCUUUUAGUUUGAACUAAUCUCGCAAUGAACUAUUCAUUCUACCUUUUCGUUUUCUUGUGUAACACACAAUUUAUCACAUCUUGGCGCUCAUUUACAUUUCGCUUCUCUGCCAUACAAUGUACGAAACGAUCACAACUUAUCUCAUUCAUAAAUUGUUCAAUUCCGCAACAAACUGGACCUAGGGAUGGCCUUUCACUUAGCUUGAAAUUUUCUACUGCCAUUGUGAAUCCCUACCUCGACCUAAUAGUAACAGCUACACGGAGCUCUCAAUCGGAGUUUGUAAUUAUCAACAUAACACAGUUUGAUGGCUGCAAAUUUCUACAGAACACCAACCGCUUCAACUUAUUGAAAAUAUUGCGCAAUGAAUUCGAAAAAUUUGCAAAAAUGCCAAAUAAGUGUCCAGUGGUAAAGGGCACGGAAAUACAUGUGAAGAACAUGUCAUUGGAUCCGGAAAGGUUUCCCCCAUAUGUACCACAAACAGGUUUCAAGACAGAAGUACGACUGUGGGAAAAAUACACGCCCCUUUUUAACCUCAAUGUUAUUGGAAGUGUUGAUAUGAAAAAACGUAUUAAGAAACAGCAAUCAAAGAAAUAAUGGAGACUAUAAGAAUUAUUAAGAUUAAUUUAAUGUAAAUCUUCAUUAAGAAUGUUUUGGAGGAUAUAUAGUACAUAUAUAAUUAUUACUUAUCAAAAGGUUACAAAUAAAUAAAAAAUAAUUCAAUUAACAUUUGAAUUCAAUUUUCUUGUAA